UCUUUUACUAGAAGAUUUUUUUUUGGGUGAAAUUUUUUUCUCGCCAAUUUUUAAGCUUGUGUUUGUUUUUUAGUGAUUUAUUUUUUUUGUUUAGUUUGUCUGCCGAAAAACAAUUAAUUAAUUGUAAUUCCAGUUAUCGAUUUAAAUUGUCACCAAUUGGGUUAUAUUACUUAUAUGCUUUUUUUUGUUUUCAAUUUUUCUCCUUUUACCAACAUCAAGUACAAGUGUGUUUGUAAGUGACUGUUUCUCUCUCUCUCUCUCUCUCUGUUUCUCUCUUCAUCUUUCUCUCUCAUUUUCUCUCUCUCUCUCUCUCUCUCAGUUGUGUGUGUGUGUGAGUUUGGUUGUGUGUUAUCAGUUUUUUCUUCUUCUUCUUGGUCUUCUCUGUUGUAUAAAGACUCAUAGGACAUGUCAUUUAGUAGAUCUCGUCGGCAUAGUCGAGGUCAUGAGUCUAGAUCACCAUCCCGUGAUUUUGAUAAUGGCUCUUUUGGCCGGUCUGGUUUUCCACCCAACAUUGAAGGCAUGACAUCUCUUAAAGUUGACAACAUUACCCAGCGAACUGGUGUAGCUCUUUUAUCAAAGGUUUUUUCAAAAUAUGGUGAAUUGGGAGACGUUUAUGUUCCCAGGUAUCCAGAUACCUUUGCAAGUCGCGGGUUUGCUUUUGUUAGAUUUGUAGAAAGAGAUGCAGAAGAAGCCAUGAGGAAAAUGAAUGGCUAUGUUCUUGAUGGUAGACCUUUGUCCAUUCAAAUGGCUCGGUAUGCUAGACCUUCACCUACUCGUCAAUUAUCCUCAUCACGUCAAGUGGUCCACCCAAUUCAAGGUGGCGGUAGAUAUGGUGGUGGUGGCUUUCGAAAUGGAGGAGGCCGGUAUGGUGGCGGUGGUGGUUUCCGAGGAAGGCAACCAUUUCGUGGUAGAUCACCAUAUAGAAGACGAUCUCGAUCACGGUCACGGUCUCGAUCAAGGGAUAGAAGACGAGAUGGCCAUCGAAGCGUCAGAAGAAAUCGAUCCAAAAGCACAGAUAAAAAUCGACGAUCUAGAAGCAAGGAUAGUACUAGUAAAAAAGAAGAUCGUGACCGAAGUCGAAGUCCCCACAAGAAAGAUUCAAAGGACAAAAGUGAUAAAAUGGAUGAUGGUGGAGAUAAAAGCAGAGGAUCAAGAAGUAAAAGUAGGAGUGAAAGUCGCAGUAGAAGUAGAAGCCGUAACCGUAGUCGAAGCAGGAGUAAAAGUAGGAGUCGAGAUAGAAACAACUCCAGAAGCCAAAGCCGAGAUCGAAGCCAGAGCCGAGAGCGAAGCCAAAGUCGUGAUCGGAGUCGAAGUGGUAGUCGAAGCCGAAGUCGGAGUAAAACUCGAAGUGAAGAGAAUGGACGACAAUCUCGAAGCCAGUAAAAGCCCCAGCAAUGAGGUUAAGAUAAAGUCGGAGCCAAAAUAAAAAAAAACCACAUCCUAACUUGUAAUCAAAGCGAAAUAACAAUGAUUAAUGAAAUGAUGAUGAUGAGAAGAUGUUGACGAUGAUGACAAUGAUUGGCGAUAAUAAUAAUAAUAAUGAUGGUGAUGGUUACUAUGAAGAUAAAAGUAAAAUGAGAGGUGAGAUAGAAAAAGGGAGCUAGAGAGAGAGAGAGUGAGCAACAUUGAGAAAGAAAAAAAAAUCAUAUUUCCUUUUUCAAUAUUUUUCUCAUGAAUAUGAAUUAACAUUGAAAAUCUGAAUUUUAUCUGAUCAACCAUCUAAAAUCUGAAUACACCUGAAAGUUGUUAUAUAAAAACUACUUGAUGAUAUUCAGAAUGAUAAAGUAGCCUUUUGUUGAUAACAAUAACACAAUCAUGAAAACCUUUGAUAUUUUUUUAACCUCCCUGACUGGUUAGAUAAUAGUAACUGAAUAAUCAUCAUAAUAAUCAUGUUACUCUUACAUUCAGAAUUCAUGAUAACUUAUCAACUCCAACCUUUUCCAUCAUCAUCAACAUCAUCAUCAUUAUCAUUAUUAUUAUUCCUCUCAAUCACUACCACAACAACAACAAGCGCCAUCAUUAAACUCUCUCACUCUCACUCUCUCUCUCCCGUCAACAUCAUCAUCAACCUCUGGACAUUAUCAUCCUUCACAAUCUAAACCUCAUUUACAAUACUUUCUCAUCAUUAUCAUCAACAACAACAAAAAAAUAUUCAAACACAACCAAUUCAAUGAAUCAAGAAUUUACCUUUCGAUUCAAUCAGAUAAAAAGAAACAAAAAAAUUUAAAAAUCCAAAUCACAACAAAAAAACAAAUCCAACCAAAACCAAACAUCCAAUCAACUUAAACACCACUCGAACCAAGGAAGGAAAAAUGUUUUAAUCACAUUUCAAUAAUUUGAUUUUUGAGACUUUAAUGAAAAACAAAAGCUUCACAAUUAUGUUAUUAAACAAAAACACAAGAGAAAAUGAUUAACUUAAUUGACAAUAACAAUCAACAAUCAACAAACAACAACUUUGAUACAAAAUGAAUUGAAACAUUUGUUCAGUUUUUCCCUUGCAAAGUGAUAAAAGCAACUGAAUAAUAAUGAAUUAUUAUUAUUCAGAAAUUGAUGAAUUCUUAUCAAUGUGAAGAAACCUUUUCAUCACCCUGAACAUCCGGAGAUUGUCAUGCUAACCUGAUUUACAAUAAAUCUUGAUGAUGAUGAUGAUAAAUAUA